AGGGCAUCAUGAAACACCUUCUGACGGCUCUGCUUCUCUUCGUCAGCACCGUUGCGGUCGCGUUGUUCGCGACUUCUGGCAGAAAAGAGGAGAGCGUCAUGAUACCCCGUCAUGUCCGAGCCGCGGCAUUGAAGCAGAGGAUGCAAACUCUCUGGGCCGAGAACCUCCCGGACAAGAACGUCUUCGACGACUUUGACAAGGGCUACAAGCAGCCGCCCUACAAGAAGCAGCCGACGGAGAAGAACGUCUUCGAGGACUUUGACAAGGGCUACCAUGCUCCCAAGUACCACUCACUUGCAGAGGAGAAGGAUGAGAACCCGUUCGACAGCCUGCCCGACAAUUACCCUUUCAAUGAAGUUGCAGGAGGGCACGAGUGGCACCACUGGGACGGCGACAGCCCCAUGGACGCGCUGAAGGAGCACAACGUGCUCGACACUGGCAGUGAGGACGAGGCUUACCAGAUAGGAGAGCACAGCCUGGGAAGACCGUUCAGGGAGUACAAGCCGGAGAAGAAUGUGUUGGACGAGGUGUCAGACGACAAGCCCUACGUGUGGGGAAAGACGGACAAAUCCAUCCCCGAGAAGAAUGUCCUUUCGGGUCUGUCACCUGACUCCGGAUACCCUGACGAGUGAACUUGUGUCUCCCCGAUCUCAUAUCUCCUCCUCCUAUUCAUUUCGUCUUCUCGACUUGUUGUCUGCUUCCCACUCUUUCCACCGGAUGCUCCUCUUUGUUUCCUCCGUUGAUUGUACUCUGCUCUGCUGCCC